ACACCACCAAAACCUCCACUUCUACAAUCUCGUAUAGCUCUCUCUGUAACUGUAAGCAUGUCAAUUCUCCGAAAACUCCACAACAAAUCUCCUUAUCCCCAAUCUAUCCUCAAAAUCUUCCCCACUCGCUUUUUCGUGGCAGCCCAAAUCCCAAACCCUGGGCCAUUCGACGAGCCGUUUCCCGACGAGCCCACCUCCGCCUACUACGACGAGCAGGUUUACAAAGCGGGCCGCAAUGGAGACAUGGUGACUGUGGGGUAUCUCCUCAACAAGCGCGUGCGAGACGGAUGCUUCAACACCACCAAAACCUUCAACUUCCUCACUAACGUCGAAUCCUCUCUCUCCAUCCUCGACCCUUUGAUCCAAACGUUGUCUCGUCUGGACAAAGGCGUCCCUCGUAAACACGCGUUUGAUUUACUUAUCGCACGUCUCUGCAAGCUGGAAAGAACCGACGAGGCGCUGCGCGUGGUCGACACAAUGGCCAAGGGAGGGUACGGGUUGAACGCCGCUAGCUUUCAUCCGAUCGUGAACGCCUUGACGAAGAAGAAGAAGAUGGAGGAGGCGUGGAGGGUGGUGGAUCUGAUGAGUUCCGCUGGAGCUCCGCCGGACGUGACGACGUAUAAUUUUCUCUUGACGGCAUAUUGUUUUGAACGGAAGUUGAUGGAGGCGAGCGCGGUGGUUAAGAAGAUAGAAGAGGAAGGGUUGGCAGUGGAUUCACGUACUUAUGACGCGCUGAUAUUGGGGGCGUGUAGGACGGGGAAGCUGGAAGGAGCAUUGGUGUUGCUGAGGAGCAUGAUGGACGCUGGACUUCACGUGAUGUAUUCAACUUAUACGCACGUGAUCAAUGGGAUGUUGAAGGUGGGGAAUUACGAUCAGGCGGUGAGGUUUGUGAUGGCUAGUCAAGGGAGGGAUGCGAUGUUGGAUCAAGAGAGCUUUGGGGUUUUGGCUAGUAAAUUGGUUAGGUUGGGAAGAAAGAGUGAAGCGGUGUUUGUUUUGGAUGAGAUGAGUAAAAGGGGCUUGAGCAUUGGUAAAAAAUUGACUGAAAUUUAUCAACAGAAGCUUCAAAACAGAAGCUAAAGUUCACAUUUUUUUUUUUUUUUUACCAUUUUAAUGAUUAAGGAGGCUUUAAAAACCAUGGCAUGUGAGCUAUUUCAGUUUUUGAGUUUUGUCUAGGUGGCAUUUUUAAUAAAAAGAUUUAUCUCUUACAUUAGUUAUAGAAGGAAUGUAAAUUUUAUUCAUUAUCCAGUAAGUAAUGGAAGUGCUACCGAGCAAUAAGUACAUACUGGUUAACUUUUACACCAUAUAUGAGUCCCUACUUAACUCAUAUCUUUUACACAGUUUUUGGUUAACCUGAUCAUAAGUUAUAUUUUUAGGCCUAUUAAUCGUAAUCCAACUAUAUUUCUUAUUUUCUUUAGUAUUUACUCCUUUGUGAGCUUCGCUAACUUAAAUAUGCAUGUAUUUUUUUGUCCAAAUUCGAUAUAUGUAUGCUUUUCAAGUCAGUUAUAGUAUGAUUGAGAUCGAAGCUUUCUCUCGUGACCUAUUAACGGCCGAUUGAAGUUCAUUCUCCUAUCCAUUAUCUUUUUUUUUGUUAAUUACACAGGUAUAGCACUUGUCAUAAUACCCUCUUAAGAGUAUUUACAAUUGAAAAAAUGUAGUCUUUGCUUUCUUUCUCUUGCUUGCAGAGCACACAGCCUCUAUUAAUGUGAAUUUCCUAGGAAGCCAAUCGAUCUUUCGUUGGGAGCUUGUCAAGGAUAGUCGUUUAGGUAAUUACAGCAUAUUUUGGUAUGUGAAAUUUACACCAUAUAAGGUUAUACCAAUUUACUUUUAUUUAACUCUCUCUUAUUUUUUCCUACACACUUGUGGUGAGUAGCUACAACCCUUAUUAUUCCAAACUAUUCUAAUUUUUUUGUGUCAAAAAUCUAGUUGCAAG